AUGAUACACAGCAAAGACGAAAUGUUCAUUAGUGUCUGUGAUGCGACUAAAUCAAGGAUCAUCGAAGGACUUCCAGUGAAUUUAAUCGAGGACUAUCCGUUUCAAGUAUCGUAUCAAUACGAUUCUCAACACGUUUGUGGAGGUUCCAUAUUAAAUAAACGUUAUGUUUUAAUGGCAGCUCAUUGUGUAGAACCUUGGGACGGCGAUCGAAGGAUGCCAGAGUAUAGCUCGAUACGAGUAGGAUCGCUUUCCUCUGUGUCCGACGGUGAGAUAUACGAAGUGGAAGAGUUGAUAGUCCAUCCUCUCUGGAAAAAAUAUGUUGGAAUUCCUUAUUGGGCUGAUCUUGCAUUGAUCAAAUUAAAAGAAGACAUAGAAUUCAGUGAAAAAAUUCAACCGACGAAGUUAGCUGAAGAAAAUGACGAUCUUCCAGACGGAUCCACUCUAACUUUGUUAGGAUGGGGUUUCGCAGAAUACGGAGACGGACCUCAUUUCACCGAGGAAUUUCUAUUAUCUACAAAAAUGAAAGUCUAUAACUUGGACGAAUGUCAGAGGGAAUAUAAGGAAUACCUUGCCACAUACGAUGAUUAUGAAGAUGAGCAUAUCAGAACAGCCGUUCUACCUAAUGAUAGAAUGAUAUGUUUGGUGGGCGAGGGUGAUUUUUGCAGCGGCGACUCUGGAGGACCAGUGGUCGAUGAAAAUAAUAUUCAAUUUGGUGUUUUAAGUUUUAAUCUGGAUUGUGGCACUGCAGCACCGGUGCCGAGCGGCAUGACGGAUGUGAGAAAAUGGAUAAAGUGGAUAAAAGAUAAAUCUGAAGAAUCGGAGAAUGGGAUUGAAACCCAACCGUCGCUUUACCCAUCCGUGCUUGAAGUAUAG